AUGGAUCCUGAUUGCGCGAUAUGCCACGCUCCGGCCAACAUGGCAUGCGAGUGUGAGGCUAAGGGCCUUGACGUUGCUGUCAAACAAGCCGAGGAUCGCAUGAUGCGGUCGAUAUACAAUGAAAUACGUUCUUGGGUCCGAGGGCAUGCACAAGACUACAUACUUGAAUACUUCCGCCUCCUAACUGAUCAACGAAAAACUGCCCAUGCUGCGCAUAUGGACCGAAUUACUGCCCACGCCUAUCACUACUACCACGCACCGCCUCAUCCGACACAAGUUGCGGAAGCGCAAGCGUCCCUCAAACGCGGCAUUGACGAAGACUGGCAAGCCAGCGUACAACGGUAUCCUGAAGUUUUGGAAUAUUUCUUUGGACUUGUUGAACUCACCCUGCCGGCGGAGGAUGAACCAGCUGUAAAGGAUCCGCCAUUGGGCUCGUUAUCAAACUCGCGAAAAGUGAAUCGUCGAAGCGGUACUGCCCCCCCUGGUGCCUCUGCUAUAGUAGCACCUCCAGGAUAUCGUGGUGAUCCAGGCCAGAUGCAUCCACAGGAGCCUCCCAUGCCCCGACCCGAUCGCCGAACUCCCGGCCCUCAAAUGAGGCGGCCUAAUUUUGGGGCUAUCCCGCCGCCAAUGCCGGGUGCCUAUAAUUUCCCUCCUCCAUACUAA